AUGGAUAAGAUUGAGCACCUGAAAAGAGAGAUUGCGCAGCGGGAGGCUGAGCUGCAGGAUCUACGCAAACAACUUGCCGAAGCGGAAGCAGAAAAGCCAAGCGUUGAAAAUGGCAGGGAUAAUACGACGACGAGCCAGAGUGAUGGUGGUGGUGGUGAGGGCUGGAAGUGGCCUUUGGAAGAGCACGAGUACGAGAGAUAUAGCAGACAGAUGAUUGUCCCCGAUUUCGGACUCCAAGGCCAGCUGAAUAUCAAAAAUGCCAAGGUGCUCCUCGUCGGCGCAGGCGGGCUGGGAUGUCCGGCAGCGGCGUAUCUCGCCGGCGCGGGCGUCGGGACGCUGGGGCUCGUGGACGGCGAUGCGGUCGAGGUGUCGAAUCUGCAUCGGCAGGUUGCGCAUUCGACGGCGAGGGUGGGCAUGAUGAAGGUUGAUUCCGCCGUGGCCUAUCUCCAGGGACUGAAUCCUACCAUCACAUAUCGUGCCCACGCAACUCAUCUCACGCCGCAAAACGCAGAGGAAAUCGUCUCCCAGUACGACCUCGUCCUGGACUGCACCGACCAUCCCACCUCGCGCUACCUCAUCUCCGACAUCUGCGUCCUCCUGUCGAAACCACUCGUCUCGGCUUCCGCAUUCCAAACCUCGGGCCAGCUCAUUGUGCUCAACAGUCCCCCCGGAAAGGGCCCCUGCUACCGUUGCGUGUUCCCGAAGCCUCCUCCUCCCGAAAGCGUGAUUGGAUGCGGCGAGGGCGGCAUCGUGGGGCCCGUGGUGGGCGUCAUGGGCGUUUUGCAGGCGUUGGAGGCGAUGAAACUUCUUGUACGGGGGGAUCAUCGCCGCUUGAAAAAGACGCGUGCGGAUGGGACGACGACGGAGGAGGAGGAGGAGAAGGAUGUGAAGCAGGUCGGGAUGCUGCUGUUUAGUGCCAUGGCGGAUGUGCCGUUUCGGACGGUCAGGAUGAGGGGCAAGAGGAAGGGCUGCUUUGCGUGUGGUGGCGGGGAUGGUUCUGCGUUGACGCUUACGGAGUUGAAGACGUCGUUGGACUACGUCCAAUUUUGCGGCGUCAAUACACCUGUCAAGCUGCUUCGGCCAGAGGAACGCAUUUCCGUGGCCGAGUACGAGAGGAUAGCGCGGGAGAAACGAGCGCAUGUGCUGCUGGAUGUGCGAGAAAAGGAGCAUUUCGAGCUCUGCAGCAUUCCGGGGUCGGUCAAUGUCCCCAUCAGUCGGUUCACGGCUCGGCGAGAGGGUGCGGAGUUGGAGGAUUUGAUACCGGGGGGUGUUGCGGUGCUGCCUCCUGAUGCGCCGAUCUACGUCGUUUGCCGGGUGGGCAACGAUUCGCAGAUUGCGGCGAGGAAGUUGAAGGAUUGGGGGCUCGAUCGGGAUGGGGAGCGGUUCAUUGGGGAUGUGUUUGGGGGGUUGAGGGCGUGGAAGGAUGGGGUUGACCCGAGUUUGCCUUUUAUAUAG